AGUGGUGGUAGCUCAAGCUUCGGUUAGGUUAGCGUGUGUAAGGGGUGUGUGCAGUGCGGUAUAGUAAUAUGCUAGUUUGCUAGCGGUUUUGGCAGUGAAGGUGGGGCUGGUUGUAGUCUGUACUUUUGAACAUUGAACAUGGAUAUGCAAUAGAAUUAGAGUUUUUUUUGUUGUACUGUCGAUCUCUGUAUGACCAAAGUACGUAUACAGAGCAUAUCCCCACACAAUUGUCAGUAGACAGUGAACGUUCAAAAGUUCAAGCUCGCUUAAAUCGAACUGGAAAUGAAAUGCAAACCGGUGUAGUGUGUAGCGGUAAUAAUUUAUUUGUGUAAAGUCAGUCGCAUGAAGUGGUUACUUGUAUUCACUGAUUAUUGUUAGUUAUUCCGUUGGAAUAAUACCACUGUCAUUUGCCAGUUAGCCGACAAAAUAUGGCAGCAUUUCCUCGUUUCGACAUUGACAAACCCCUGUGGGAUCAGAGUACAUUUUCAGGAAGACUUAUGAAUUUCUUUUGGGUGACAGAUCCUCGUACAUGUAUUGUUUCGGAAGAAACCCUUGAUGCUGCAAAACAGCUCGUUGAGCAGUACAGGUUAGGUAAAGAGCCACCAGGGACGACGAGGGAGCAAAUUGUUUAUGCCAAGAAGCUGUAUGAAUCUGCUUUUCAUCCAGACACUGGAGACAAGCAGAAUGUCUUUGGGCGAAUGUCAUUCCAAGUGCCUGGGGGCAUGGCAAUCACUGGUGCCAUGCUGCAGUUCUACCGAACUGCACCAGCAGUUGUUUUCUGGCAAUGGGUAAAUCAGUCAUUCAAUGCACUUGUCAACUACACGAAUCGUAAUGCCAAAUCUCCUACCACUACGACACAACUUGGUGUGGCAUAUGUGUCAGCCACAGCAUCAGCGAUGAUCACAGCAUUGGGUUGCAAGAGUUUCUGGCAGAAGCGAGCCUCUACCUUGUUGCAGCGCUACGUUCCAUUUGCAGCAGUGGCAGCUGCCAAUUGUGUGAAUAUCCCACUGAUGCGCCAGAAUGAGUUGAUAUAUGGCAUUGAUGUCUAUGAUGAGAAUGAAAAUAAGAUUACACAAUCCAGGGUAGCAGCUGUUAAAGGAAUUUCACAGGUGGUGCUGUCCAGAAUCGUAAUGUGUGCACCAGGAAUGACCAUCCUUCCUGUUGUGAUGGAGAAACUGGAGCGCUACCCUUUUAUGCAGAAAAUUCAGCCCCUUCAUGCUCCUUUCCAAGUAAUGGCAGUUGGAUGUUUCCUGAUAUUCAUGGUUCCAGUAGCAUGUUCUCUUUUUCCACAGAGGUGUUCCCUGAAAACUACUACAUUGGAGUGGUUGGAGCCAGAAAUGUACCAGAAACUGAAAGAGACCUGUGCUGGAAGGGACGUUCCUACAUAUGUUUAUUUCAACAAAGGGCUAUGAAGCUCCAAGUUAUGUUGCCAUCUGGUGUUUAUGCUCUGUACUGCAGUGUGGGACAUGAUAGAAUUAC